AAUACGCACUCGCUUUGUAUCUAAGCUAUAGUAAAACAUUCACGAUGGAUUUCUCCAAGUUUAGCAAGGGUAUCUCCGAUUUCGGUGCGCAAAUUACUCCGUUUGCGUCACGAACCUUCCAGUUUACCAAGGAACAGUUAGGUCAGGCAGAUGAUAGAACUCAGCUCCCUGCCGAUUAUAUCGACCUUGAAAAAAAGGUCGAUGCGCUGAAACAAGCCCACCAGAAGAUGCUUGCGGUGACUUCGCAAUAUACCAAUGAAGCCUAUGACUACCCGCCCAAUAUCAAGGAGACAUUCCAAGAUCUUGGUCGAACUGUGAGUGAGAAGGUCAGCCUUCUAUCUUCGGCUACAUCAACUGCAGAGGCCCAAGCAGCUCUCGUGGCUCCUGCAUCCGCGAAGCCGCAACCGAAGACUUUCAACCAUGCCAUCUCUCGUGCGAGCUUAUCCAGCAGCCAGCUCCUCCACCAGCAUCACACUGGUGCUGGUGAGGAUCCUCUAGCGACGGCUCUCGAGAAAUAUGCACUUGCCAUGGAACGAGUGGGCGAUGCGCGCCUUGCUCAAGAUUCCCAAAUUCAAAGUCGGUUCCUAGCAGGAUGGAACACGACUCUUAAUACCAAUCUUACAUUUGCGGCUCGUGCUAGAAAGAAUGUGGAAAACUCAAGAUUGACCCUCGAUGCUGUCAAGGCUCGUGUAAAGGGAACGACUUUUAAACUUGGUGGUCACGCUCGGGCUGAUCGGCCAGAGGAAGCAGAGCUAAGCGCUGAUGCUCAAGAAGAAAUUGAGAAAGCAGAAGACGAGUUCGUGACACAAACGGAGGAAGCAGUUGGCGUUAUGAAGAACGUUCUGGACACCCCUGAACCGCUUCGUAACCUUGCCGAACUGGUCGCUGCCCAAAUGGAAUAUCAUAAGAAGGCAUACGAGAUUCUAAGUGAACUCGCCCCGGUCCUCGAGACCCUGCAAACGGAGCAAGAAGCCAGCUACCGAAGAAAUCGUGACUUGGCUUGAAGAAUAUCUAAUGCGUUUAGUUGUUAUGUAAUGCAAGUAGGACUUUCAACCUUAGUUCGAUGAGUUACGCAUAAUAUAAAUACCUAUCCCAGUAGCUCUGAAGCUUCUG